GUAAUGGAGAAAAUGAAAGAUCAAAAAGAAUUUUUAAUAGUGGGUUAUUCAUUUGGAUCCUUAAUUGCUAUCGAAUUAGCAAGAUUAUUAGAAGCUAAGAAUUUCAUUGGACGGUUAAUACUUAUAGAUGGAGCACCUGAUUGGAUAAAAUUUUUGAGUAAAAAAUAUUUUAAUCAUACUUCGCAACAAGAAUUGCAAAAUGAUAUUUUACUUCAUCUUCUAAAACUAUAUCUCGAAUCUGACAAUGAAAUGAUUGCGUUAGACCUGAAAGAGUGCAGUACAUGGGAGGAAAAAUUAGAAUUUAUUACUCGCUUUUCGGAGAUGACUGAUAUGUUAAGUAUUGAAAAUCAAAAACUUUUAUGUACAACGUUUUACGAUCAUAUAAUCGCUGUACAAGAUUAUGAUAUAUCUUCAUUGUCACGCUUAAAAUCAUCUGUAAUAUUAUUAAAACCUACACUUACACCUUUCACUUUUCCUGAAGAGGAUUAUGGUCUACAUAAGGUUACUGAAAGUGUAGUGCAAAUUCAUUACAUAGAAGGUUCUCAUAUCACAAUAAUAGACAAAAUAGCAUCAUUUAUUAACGAAGCAUUCUAAAAUAAAUAGCUCUGUUGAUGCCUCGAACGAAUAUCGAUUAGUUGGAGGAGGUGCAGGAAAGGUGAUCCAUGGUUAAAAUGCGGUAUUUUCAUAUAACGAUUUAUUAUAACUAAAUAAUGGAAUAAAAUAUAAAGAAAAAAAUGUGCGUCUUUUUAUUGCGAUGUUAGAGCUGGGACUUUGUAGUCGCGCGAAAGAAUAUCAAGAGCUCCCUCGCCCGAUCUACUUGAGUCAGAGCACGACUCGAUAUCACCGAAACACUGCUCAAAGAUCAAAUUUUUUAGAAAUUUCGAUUGCUUGGGUUAGAAACGUCGAUGAACAUCGAAAGAGCUCGUCAACGGCCCAACAAGCUCUGUAUCAAUAUUAAAUUAUUAUUUAAAUAAUAUUUAUGGAAAAAAUAUAUAAUUAA